CUAUUAUAAAGGAACACUAUUAUCCAUCAUGGACUGCACACAUCGUCCACGGACAUGGACGCGGCUGCAACCAUUCUCACCGUCCUUCUCUUUUUGCUACUCCAUUUCCCGCUGGGCACCGACAGCUCGCUGGCCGACCUCACCACCAUCAGGAAUCGAUCCGGCCGCUCCGUCAACACGUCGUCGUCCGUCCUUCUGGCGGCUGAACAAACUCAUCAAGUGGCGUCGGCGGCGUCGGCAGGAGCACAUCAGCAGCCGACGUCCGACGACCGAAAUUUCGUUUACAAAGUUGUCAGCCUCAGCGGUGGGUCGACGACGCCGAAGCCUCCUCCUCCGGUCGUGUUUGUGACAGCUCCGCCGGAUGUUAAUAAUCAUGGCCAUUAUUAUCCGGAUGAAUCCGACGCCCUCCUGCGAUCGGCCUUUAUCGUCGGCCUCCGCGUCGAGGAUGCGGACAGCAAAGGCGUUUCCUACGACGCCGAUGGCACUCCAAACAUUCAAGCGGGAAAAGCGGUAACAUUUGAAAAAUUUAAAAAUUUGAUAUCCACUCGUGAAAUGUGUCGGGUCCAGGUGACGGUGCGGCUAUUUGGCGACGACAUGAGCGACGCCUCCCAGUUCCGUUUCGUCUCGGUCGCCCGUCAAAGAGGCGACGACUGCGAGGACCUGCCCUUCACGGCCAUCGUCAACGUCACCAGAAAUUCGCUGACCAAUUUCUCGGCCCUCGUCCAUUUCCGUCUGCCGAGUUUGCCCAGUCAUCAGAUCAACGACGACGAUUCCUACCCGGCGGCAGUGACCGACGACCAGACGCCAGAAGGAGAAGAAGAGCUGCCGGCCUUUUACGUCUGCUCCAUGGGAAUGUCGGCCGAUGGGCGGAUGCGCUGGAUCCAUCAGGGCAAAGAGCCCGGAGUCAAAUUGAGAACCUACGAGAAAACGUUGCCGUUGUGGUUCCAGCUGGCCAUCAUCGUCCUCCUCCUCUCACUGUCCGGCCUCUUUUCCGGCCUCAAUCUCGGUUUGAUGGCGCUGGAUCGGACGGAUUUGAAGAUUUACGAGAACACGGGAUCGGAGAAGGAGAAGGGAUUCGCCCGGGCCAUCAUUCCCGUCCGCAAUCACGGCAAUUACCUCCUGUGCACCUUGUUGCUGGGCAACGUCCUGGUCAACUCUUCGCUGACGAUCCUGCUGGACGAUUUGACGUCGGGCAUUAUCGCCAUCGUCGGAUCCACCAUGGGCAUCGUCAUCUUCGGUGAAAUCGUCCCGCAGGCCAUCUGCUCCCGUCACGGCCUGGCCAUCGGCGCCCACACCGUCUGGAUCACCAAGUUCUUCAUGCUCCUGACUUUCCCCCUCUCCUAUCCCAUCUCGUUGAUCCUCAACUUGAUCCUGGGCGAGGAGAUCGGAGCCUACUACAACCGGGAGCGACUGAAAGAAUUAAUCAAGGUAACCAACGAGUACCACGACUUGGAGAAAGAGGAGAUCAAUAUCAUCUCGGGGGCUUUGGAAAUGCGCCGCAAAACGGUGGGCAACAUCAUGACCCGAUUGGAGGACAUUUUCAUGCUCAGCUACGACUCGGUACUCGACUUUGAGACCGUUUCCCAGGUGCUCAAACAAGGGUUCUCUCGAGUGCCAAUCUACGACGGGGCCAGGAACAAUAUCGUCGGGCUGCUCUUCAUCAAAGAGUUGGCGUUGGUCGAUCCCGAGGACGCCGUCCCGUUGAAAACGCUCUGCAAGUUCUACCAGCGCCAGUGCAACUUUGUCUUUGACGACACGACGCUCGACGUCGUUUUCAAGGAUUUCAAGGAAGGCCACAAGGGUCACAUGGCCUUCGUCCAGCGGGUCAACAGCAACGGCGAUGGCGACCCGUUUCACGAAACCGUCGGACUCGUCACUCUCGAGGACGUCAUCGAGGAACUCAUUCAAGCUGAAAUUGUCGACGAAACGGACGUGUGGAUUGACAACCGGAGUAAACGACGCCGUGAGAAGAGCAGAUUGCUGCAGGAUUUCAGCAGUUUCGCCGUCCAGUACCGGGUGCCGGCCAGUCACAAGAUCUCGGCCCAGUUGGCGUUGAGCGCCUUCCAGUUCCUCAGCUCGUCCGUCGACCCGUUCCACGCCAACUGGAUCUCGGAGAACGUCCUGCGCCGUCUGGUCCAACAGGGUCCCGUCGUCCAAUUCAUCCGCGUCGAUAAGAGCCGGAAAUCUUUAAGCAAUUCCGAUCCGGACUCGCCGGCAGCAGCGGAUGCCACCCUCAUCUAUCAGCAAGGAAAAGCUGCCGACUAUUUCGUAUUGAUCCUGGAAGGGCGAGUGGAAGUGACGGUCGGCAAGGAGAGCCUCGUUUUCGAAAGUGGGCCGUUCAGCCAUUUCGGAUCGGUCGCCCUGACGGCCGGCGGAGUCUUUGCCCUAGGCGACGAAUUGGGUGAGUCGACUAAAGCGUCCGUCAAGUGCUGGCCAAGUAAUGGAACCCUCCAGCUUUCGGGUCGAGCUUUUUCCAUUUCCGAGCCUGCUGCUAGCGCAGUUAUCGGGGCCGGGGCUCCUCCUGCUGGCGCCGCCCAGUCGUCAUCUCCGCCGUCGGGAGCAGGAGCUCAUCAUCAGAUGUUCGUCUCGGAUUACACGGUCCGGGCCCUGACAUCAGUCACUUAUCUGCGCGUCAGCCGGUUCCUCUACCAGGCGGCCCGCAGUGCCACACUGUUGGAACGGGCUCAAGUCACGUCGGACAACAACCGGGCCGGCGACAACGGGCGGCUCAGCGUCGAUAGCGUCGUCGAUGUCGACUCUUCUCAGCUAACCUCGACAGUGUCAUCCUACCGCUACUCCAGCAGCGGCUCGGUCGUCGACGCUAAUUGCGCCGGCGGCCAUUUAAGCGAGCCCCAUCAAGAGACCAACGCCGUUAGCACCGAUCCGAUCCUUGAUGAUGCCGAUCCUUCUUCCUAUUAUUGAAUUGAAUCAUUUGAGGGGAAAUUAUAUUUUGACACCUGUUAGAUUUGUGACGGUUAACAAUAAAACUAAAGUCAAUUGAA